ACUGACACUUCAUUUGCAGAUUACCGCUUACAUUUUAUGAAUCUACUAACCCUAAACUUUCUCCUAAUCACAACCAUAACACCUUUAACCCUUAUAUUAAACCUGAGACUUACCUUAACAUUAGCAAGCAGUUCAUUAUCUACAGUUUGUUGAUUGUGGUAAACUAUGUCAGAAGAGGUGUGAGUAAUAAUUAGUAUUGGUAUUAUAAACAAUUAUUUCAGAGUUGUGACCUAUAUUCAAUAGAGAGAACAGUAGCCUUUCUAUCAACUUGUGACAGCAUCAACCCAACAGUGGUGUUAGUUAAAAAUGAAAAUGUUUAUAUUUCUCUAAGAUAAAAAUCUUGUCCCUCUAAGUUUUAACCAUGCCUCAGACAUUUGCAGACAUUACCUUAUAUCUAAAAUGUCUCCAAAAGGUAUGGUCUGCAACAAAGCCUCUACUUUUAUUUUCAACAACUGACUGAGAAAUCAUCUUGGUAAAACCUCAAUUGUAGUAAGAGUCGUGCCAUAAUGCUGAAGCGACAUCUGCCUGCAUUACCGAUGAAGUAUUUAAAACAAUCGAAAUGAUGCAACUUCCUCUCUAGCUAACUGAACUCAACAUAUAUACACACAACCCUGGGCUUAUAACACCAGGGGUUGUGUGGUGGAGCAUGGGGCUUAUAACACCAGGGCUGUAGAACAUGGGGCUUAUAACACCAGAGCUGUGGGGUAGAGCAUGGCUCUUAUAACACCUGGGUUGUGGGGUAGAGCAUGGGGCUUAUAACACCAGGGCUGUAGAACAUGGGGCUUAUAAUACCAGGGCUGUGGGGUAGAGCAUGGGGCUUAUAACACCAGGGCUGUAGAACAUGGGGUUUAUAACACCAGGGUUGUGUGGUGGAGCAUGGGGCUUAUAAUACCAGGGCUGUGGGGUAGAGCAUGGGGCUUAUAACACCAGGGCUGUAGAACAUGGGGUUUAUAACACCAGGGUUGUGUGGUGGAGCAUGGGGCUUAUAAUACCAGGGCUGUGGGGUAGAGCAUGGGGCUUAUAACACCAGGGCUGUAGAACAUGGGGUUUAUAACACCUGCGUUGUGGGGUAGAGCAUGGGGCUUAUAACACCAGGGCUGUAGAACAUGGGGUUUAUAACACCAGGGUUGCGUGGUGGAGCAUGGGGCUUAGAGAUUGGAGUCAAUCUGUGUAAGACUGUCUGCUUAAAUGUAAAUGUUCUCCACUCACAUGGCAGCAAAUCGCUUUACAUGGAUUGAUCUCAAAAGAGCUGUACAAUCAACAAUAUUUGUUAUUUUCUUGGUAAUCCUGCUUGUAGGAGCCCAAAUGAGAGCCUAAGAACUAAAUUGUUUAUUGAUGUUUAAGUGAUGUGUGUGUGUUUUUGUUACUACUUUUCCCUUUGAGUGUGUAUGGCCCCCUCUACAGGCACUGAGAGAACCAUUAAAAGAUCUACAGGCUCCAAGUGAUCCAGAAUGGAUUCAGUUCAUUUGCUACUGCUGAAUACUCUGGAAGACCUGGCCAAUGAUGAUCUGAAGAGAUUUCAGUGGUUUCUGAAACAGGACAUGGUGCAUGGAUUCCCUCCCAUCCCAAGGUCAAGGCUGGAGAAGGCUGACAGACUAGACACUGUGGAUGUCAUGGUGACGACCUAUGAUAGAGAUGGUGCUGUGAAGAUCACACUGGAGAUCCUGAAGAGAAUAAGUCAGAAUUAUCUGGCUGAGCAGUUAGAAAAUGAGAUCUUUCAAAAACACAGAUCUGAUCCAGAGGCAGAAGCAGCAAUAGAGGAUAAUCCUGGCAAGCUGGAUGACAAGCAGGAUAUAGAGAUUGAGGUGUUGCAACUGUUGAAGCGGUGCCAGCCUGAAGAUGCUCUGAGGAUCAUCAAGAAGGUCAAAAGGGAUCUGAACCUUGACGAGGUCAGAAAGUAUGGUGUGACCAGCAAGCCCCGAGGACUCUGUUUGAUCCUCAAUAACGUGGAAUUUAAAGAUAUAAAGCAUAUAGACGACAGAAAUGGAUCAAACAUCGAUGCUGGUAUUUCAACCACCAUGAAGGCUCUGGCCAGAUUAUUCAGCUGGUUGGGUUUCUGUGUGGUCAUGUGCAAAGACAAGAAGAAGAAGGAGAUGGAAGAAGUCCUGAAUAUCUUCUCUAAGCUGAAUCAGUUCCCUGAGCUGCAGCAGUGCGGUGUGAUGGAGUGGGCCGGCGAGCGCAGGAAGUUCAUUGAUCUAGACGGGCGUAUCCAACAUGGUGAUGUCUUCAUCUGCUGCGUUCUGAGUCACGGAGUAGACAGAGGAAUCUAUGGAACUGAUGGUCAGGUUCUGCCCACCAAUGACCUCCUUCUGCCCUUCACCCCCUCUAACUGCCCCGACCUAAAGGAGAAGCCAAAACUGUUCUUCAUCCAGGCGUGCAGAAUUGAUCCUGAGCAAAAUAACAUGAGGCAGGAGGAAGCACAACAGCUACGGCAACUAGAAAUAGAGAAUAAGAAAGCAAUAGCUGAAAUGAAAGCGAGAAAUAAGUCACUCCAGCCAGACAGUGUGGGUCCACGUAUAAGUUCAAAAGAGGUGCAGGAGGCCAGCAGAGAACCUCUGUACAGCAUCGACAAUGAUGCAGAUUUCCUCAUGGCCAUGGCCACGGUUGACAAGCGCAAAGCUUACAGAGACCCAGAGAAGGGGUCCUUGUUCAUCCAGUCUCUGUGCCUACAGCUGACACAGGGCUGUCCAAGGGGUGAUGACAUUUUGGGGAUCCUAACUCGGGUCAACAAUGAGGUGAGCAACAACAAAGAAAAGACACCACAAAUGCCAGAGGUCAAGUCCAGACUGAGGUCUUUGUUAGUGAUCCCUUUGCCAGUCUAAGUAACAACACCACCUCCAGUCCUGAACACCACGCCCACCAGGACUGAACACCACGACCACCAGGACUGAACACCACGACCACCAAGGACUGAACACCACCACCACCAAAUCUCUGCAGGCGACGAUCAACAUACAGUUCUGGUUAUGGAAAUGUAAUUGCCGGUCAAAAAUAAAUAGAGAACAUAAAAAUAAUAAUGCUAUUGACUUGGAAAUACUUGGAAAAUGUUUUGGAAAGCAGUUUUCCACAAGUGAAAUAAGCCUGUGGAUAAUUAAAUUAUUUAAACGUUA